UAUCCACCAUCUUUGACUGUGGAAUGUUGUUUUUUUGCUUCGCGUGUGGAUAAACGAGUGAUUGUAGCAGUCGCGCUAACGAGGAGGAGAUUUUUUAAAGCUAGCUAACCAGCGGACACAUGAUAAGGGCAAUGACGCAAAUAUGUACCAACUGCCAGUUUCUCUUAACCAACAAAUAUAUAUUCACUGUGUCUUUCAAAAGAAGAAAGACCAUAAUCAUCUGAAAAACAAUAUUGUUAGCCAACUGUGGUAAGCUAGCAACCCGCGGUGGUAAGGAAAAAGCAUAGAUUCUUUAGCGAACGUUUACAGAACUGCUCAACACGGAAGAGAAGAGGAAAAUCUGGGCAGCGUUGAUUUAGAAUAGUUUACAAUCAAUUUAAUAUAGCUAUCACGAUAGGUUACCAACUUUUUUUUAGCUUGCUAUCUAGCCACACUCCGUCCCAAUUCUGAUAGAUAGCGUUGGCUGUUUUAUUUUUAUGUGGCCUAGCUAGCAUGCUAAUCGAGCGUUCCUGUUUGUAAACUGAAGUACUAGUAACCCAUUUCUGUUAGUAACGUUAGUGGGGAUCUUUCAUGAUGUGAUUGCUACCAAAACUGUCAGCGAUUUGGUUUAAUCCAACACAUUAUACUGCGUUGUUUAUAAGUGUUAUUAUCUCGAAAUUACACGUUUGUCUUGUUUUGUAAGCAUAACGUUAGUAGCUAGCUAAGUUGGUUAAGUAGCAAUGUUUCGCAGAUAGACAAAUAGCUAUAGCUAGUUAACUAACGUAGAUGAUUUAUAAGAUACAAACUGCCAAGUUUUUCUGUUAACAAAUCAGCUAGAUAAGUAACGUUAGUUUGCUAAUUUAUGUCUGCUGGUGAAGUGCAUUGGUUGGCAAAUGACGUCUGAAGGAAAUUGUGGUGGCUAGCUAGAAUAACAUGUAGACAACUGCUAGCUAGCAUGACCUAGCCAGCCAGCUAACUGUAGAAAACAGUAACGUUACGUUAGAUUGUCUAUCAAUCACUAACUAGGUGACAGGAUAGUGGAAGUAGGGUUGGCCUUGAAACUAUACAGAGGGAUUCAUGAAAAACAGGAUUCCUAUCUAGCUGGGUUAUAAACAAGUUAAUAGACCUAACUAAUGGGUAACUAGCUUUCUGCAUUGGCAUAUUCAGACAGAUUAUGUUAGUUGCUAGUAUACAUAUCUAUGGAGUAUUUUUGCAGAUGUUUAUUCUGAAAAUCUAUCAGGAUGCAUAAAGAUUCAGAUCUCAUGAGGUUGAUCACUCCAAAUACAUAUCUGAAGAAUUUACACUUGGCCACUGAAGUUGGAACAGUCGAACACAGUUACAGCGCCAUGUGAGUUGGAGAUGAGGAGCAUUAUUAAGAUUCUCUGUGAAGUUAGACAGGUGUACUACAGCGUCUUGCUCUGAAUGAUGUUAUCAGAAACCACUUUAAAUUUACUGAAGUGUGACUCGAAAUGUGUGAAGAAACCAACCAAAGCAGUUGUGAUUUUUCUUUCAAAUGAAUGUUGUUAUUUAGUCAGUGGGUCACCACCAGUGUGCCAAAAAGUCAAUCUCCAGAUAACAAAGCAAGGGUUACUUUUUUGCAAGAACUGCACCGCAAAGCAGCCCAUCCCUGAAAAAGAGCAUGCACGGACUCCCUUGAGAUACACUAAGGAUUAUAAACCCGAAAGUGAAGAGAACUGUGUUAUUAACUUGUUAUCCUCAAUGGAAGUGCCAUUGUAGACACGUGACAGGGUGGCUACAACUGUGCCAUUAGGAGCUCCAGCCUUAGAGGAAGCCUUGCAAUCCUGGGUUGGCUGCUCUUAGGGGGACGAUGGGUUCCCAAGCUUUUCAGAUACUGCGGCAGGGGGUGUGGGCUUCAAUCACAGGAGGCUGGUAUGUGGACCCCCACCAGAGCACGUUCUCCAACUGCUUCCACCUAUACCUCUGGAUCUUUCUCCUGGCCUUCCCUUUCCUGCUAUACAUGUCUCUCCCCCCCAGCCUUGUUGUGGCAGCUGUUUACUGUGCUGUGGUGGCAGCCUUCUUCACAGCCAUAAAGGCAGUGAACUUCCACCUCCAUGCCAUGUUCGACCUGGGGGAGAUGGUGGAGAAGAGGCAGGUCUCGCACAUAACCGACGCCCCACGGCUAGAAGAGGGGGAUGAUGGGUCAGGAGGCCACGAUGGGAACCAGCAUAGGGACAGCAAUGUUGGUGUGGAGAUGACUGUGUUCAGAAAGGUCAACUCAACACCUCCAGUUCGCUGCAGCUCCCAGCACUCUCUGUUUGGACUCAACCAGGUGUCGGAGUUUUUGCCCCAGCUUGAUGACAGUAGAGGCUCCAAGGAUAUCAAGGAUCUGAUGCGAGAGCAAUGCAGCAAUAACUUGAUUGUCACGUCAGCUCGCCGGGAGAUCUUCUGCCACAGCUCCCAGGACCCCAUCCAUGUUGCCAACAUGGUCCCGUCCUGCUUGGCUGCUGCUGUAGGGGGAGAGUUCCCUGAUCUAAGGGGAGUGGGAACAGGGAUAGCAGGGGGAUUUGGUAGCUUCCAACCUGGGAUGUGCAUCUCUAUCCCCCCGUCCCCCUCCAGUCAGGAAGACGGAGGAGAUAAGGGCCAAUUGGAGGAGAUUGAGGGCAUGCUGGAGCAGCUGUCUCAGCAGAGUCCUGAGGAGCCCUACUCCCCCUUGGGCCCCUCUGCUGAGUCAGAGAGCCUGGGGGAUGCUCCCAUCAGCCCUCUCAUAAAGAGCAGUCUGAGUGAGGAGCUAAGUGAAAACCUGCUUGGGCUGGGCCUUGACCCCGUGGCCUUCGCCCCGGGAACAGAGCACCCAGGCAGCCGCAGUGGGGUGGCCAUGACUGCCGGCUCCACAGACAGCUGCUUCAGCGGGGGCGGAGCGACCACGGACCGUGAGACCCUCAGCACAGUCAGCAGCUACCGCAGUGAGAAGACUGACUCCACCCAGCUGGAGAGCCCUUCACUCAGCCUGCCACAUAACAUAGACUCAGGGGCGCCAACCUCUGCCCCAGCCCUGGGCACCAGUACCCUAGAGCCAGCAGAGGAGCCUGUACUGCAGGGGGGCAGUGAUACUGAUGAUCUGUCGGACAGCGAACUUCUGCGCUCCCCCUCCAAAGAGCUCUCUCUGGGCCAGGGGCUUGAUAAGACACUAGUGGAAGGGGAAGAUUUGCCACCUGUCCCCUCAGAUAUUACACAGCCCCCCUCCCUCCAGGACUUGUCUCCCUCCAGUAGUGGGCACUCAGAGGCAUGUGAUCUGGACAGGACGGUCCCCGUCCCCCCCCUCCCCCCUCCGCGGCAGGCUAGCUCGUUGCCGUCAGGGCUGGCCCUGGGUCUAGUGUCUUCUGAACCUGAUCAUCCUGUCUCCUCUAUCCCCUUCCUGCCCUCUGAGCAGCCCUUUCUGCUGGCCCAGCAGGUGGUGCGCCCCAAAGACUUGAAGCUGCUGCGGACCGGUGGUGGUUGUGUUGGCCACCAGCCUGGCCGCAGGAAAGCCCCUCGCAAGCGAGCUGGAGGGGGAAGCAGCAGCUUUGACUGUGGCUCCUACAGGAGGCACCACGGACAGCACAGAGACUACAUCCCAGUGCGCAGUCGGCUGGGGGCUAAGACCUACAGCGAGAACCUCUUUGAGGACUCCAGUGACGAGGAUGACGGCUCCAGUCUGGGCUCCCAGAGACACUACAGCUCUGACGAUGAUGAUUCCAGCUCCUCUACCUCCUGCUACUCCCCCAACCUCGCUAACGCUGGCGUUACGAACCCGCCCCCCUCCACCCAGCUGCCCAUCCCCAGGGAAGGAACGUUGUCCGAGACGUCUGGCCCCAUCCACUCCCAGAGGCCACAGAGGUCAGCCAGCACGGCUAGUGCUAAGACUCAUGCCAGGGUGCUCAGUAUGGACGAGGCCGGUGGGGGCCACACUAACACUGUGGUCCUGCCCUCCACCAUGCUGACCUCCUCCACCCCUGCCCCACGACCCCUCACCAUCUCCAAGUCAGACCUGGAGGCCCGGACUAGCCACACAGACGGCUUCCCUGGAACUCACCACCAUCGCCUGGACUCUCUGGGAGGCUCCUGGGCUGGCAACCAGAUGGGCUGGAGGGCCGGGGAACUGGUGGAGGAGGGAGCUGUGGGGGGAGCCCUGGCCCCAGAGGAGGGGGGCAAGCGGGACUCAGUGAGCAGUGUGAAGAGGACCCAGGCCAUCCGCAGGCGACACAACGCGGGGAGCAAUCCCACACCACCCCCCUCUACCAUGGGCUCCCCACCCAGUCUCCAGGACCUCCAGCGUGCCCGUACCUCCUCACACUCACGGACCCGGACCCUGCCCUCUGCCUUACAAUUUGCCACCUCACUACUGCUGCCCCGCGCGGGGGUCCACGAGGCCUCUACCUUCGACGACACCACAGAGGGGGCUGUGCACUACUUCUAUGACGAGGGUGGAGUGAAGAGAUCGUACACGUUUGGACCUGCUGGAGGCGGUUAUGAGGACCCAGUGGCGGAGCGGGAAAGACAGUCCCAGUCCUCCAGCUUCACCUCCAAUGAUGUCCAGGAUGGGGCACCGGUGCUCACAGUGCUCCAGCCCAGGCCUGUGGUUCUGCAGGGCAUGCAGGUGCGCAGGGUGCCCCUGGAGAUGUCAGAUAUGCCAGAGUUUGACCUGGACCAUGAAUCUCUGCAUGAGUCCCAGGAGAACACGCUGAUGAUCGAAGAGAAGGCCAAGCCCAAACACUACUACCGCUUCUGGGUGCUGCCAGGCAAGUGGCUGAGGGUGCGUUACGACCGUCUGGCCCUGCUGGCACUACUGGACAGGAACCGUGGUGUAGGAGAGAAUGUGUUUGCGGUGGUGCUGGCCAGCAUGGUGGCCUUCCUGGGGUUCCUGCUCCUCUUGCAGGGUUUCUUCAGGGACAUCUGGGUCUUCCAGUUCUGCCUGGUCAUCGCCAGCUGUCAGUACUCACUACUAAAGAGUGUUCAACCAGAUGCAGCCUCGCCAAUGCAUGGCCAUAACUGGGUCAUCGUGUACAGUCGGCCCGUCUACUUCUGCCUGUGCUGUGCUCAUGUCUGGGUGUUCGACCUGGCUGGGCGCUCGGGCCACCUGCAGCCCUUCUCCCUCUACGGCGUCACCUUCUUCUCCACUCACUUCCUGCUCUGUGCCAGGGACGUGCUCAUAGUGUUCACCUUGUGUUUCCCCAUCAUUUUCCUGUUUGGGCUUGUACCUCAGGUCAACACCUUCCUCAUGUGUCUUCUGGAGCAGGUCGACAUGCACAUUUUUGGGGGAACGGCCACCACCAGCCCCCUGUCGUCUCUGUACAGCCUGUUACGCAGUGUGUUGGUGACCGCGCUGCUCUAUGGGUUCUGUCUUGGUGCUAUCAUUGCUCCCUGGGAACAUCCCCAUGUGCCAGUACUGUUCUCAGUGUUCUGUGGUCUGCUCCUGGCCUUCUCCUACCACCUGAGCCGCCAAAGCAGCGACCCCAUCAUCCUGUGGUCUCUGGUCCGCUCCAAGUUCUUUCCUGAGCUGCUGGGUCGGACCCCUGAGGAGCCUCCUCUGGAGAUCAAAGACCCCCUGCCUGAGAAACUACGCAACUCUGUGAAAGAGAUUUUCCACUCUGACCUAGUCAUGUGUCCCCUCAUGGCUGUCAUCACGUUUGCCGUCAGUGCCAGCACUGUCUUCAUCGCUCUGCAGCCUGCUCUAAGUUACAUCCUGUACAUGGUGGCCGGGGGGGUGGGCUUCCUCACACACUACCUGCUGCCUCAGCUCCGCAAGCAGCUGCCCUGGUUCUGCCUGGCCCACCCUGUCCUCCGUUCUCGAGAGUACAGCCAGUUUGAGGUCCGCGAUGCCGCCCAGCUGAUGUGGUUUGAGAAGCUGUAUGCGUGGUUGCAGUGUUUGGAGAAGUAUUUAAUCUACCCGGCGGUGGUGCUCAACUCCCUCACUACAGAAGCCCAGCUUGUCAGCCAGAACCCAAUGAAACUGAACAUCUAUGGCCGUGCUCUGUUCAUCUCUCUGGCGGGGAUGAAGCUGCUGCGUUCGUCGUUCUGUGCCCCGUCCCUGCAGUACGUCACGCUGUGCUUUACCGCCCUAUUCUUCCUCUUCGACUACCCACACUUCUCAGAGACCUUCCUGCUCGACUAUUACCUCAUGUCUAUCCUCUUCAGCAAGCUCUGGGACCUGCUCUACAAGCUGCGUUUUGUUCUCACCUACAUCGCUCCCUGGCAGAUCACCUGGGGCUCCGCCUUCCACGCCUUCGCCCAGCCCUUCGCUGUGCCCCACUCAGCCAUGCUGUUUGUCCAGGCUGUGUUCUCUGCUCUCUUCUCCACCCCCCUCAACCCUGUCCUGGGCAGUGCUGUGUUCAUCACCUCCUACACCAGGCCUGUCAAGUUCUGGGAGAGAGACUACAACACCAAGCGGGUUGAUCACUCCAACACUCGACUGGCCACCCAGCUGGACCGCAACCCAGGUGCUGACGACAACAACCUGAACUCUAUCUUCUAUGAACACCUGACGCGCUCAUUGCAGCACAGCCUGUGUGGUGAUCUGCUGCUGGGCCGCUGGGGAAACUACACCACAGGAGACUGCUUCAUCCUGGCCUCCGACUACCUCAACGCCCUGGUGCACAUUAUCGAGAUCGGCAACGGCCUGGUCACCUUCCAGCUGAGGGGGCUGGAGUUCAGGGGUACUUACUGCCAGCAGCGGGAGGUGGAGGCCAUCACCGAGGGGGUGGAGGAGGACGAGGGCUGCUGCUGCUGUGAGCCAGGCCACCUGCCUCACAUGCUCUCUUUUAACGCAGCGUUCGGCCAGCGUUGGCUGGCCUGGGAGGUGGCCGCCACCAAGUACGUCCUGGAGGGCUACAGCAUCAGCGACAACAACGCCGCCUCCAUGCUGCAGGUGUUCGACCUGCGCAAGAUCCUCAUCACCUACUACGUCAAGAGCAUCGUCUACUACGUCAGUCGAUCUCCUAAACUGGAGGAGUGGCUGGCCAAUGAGAUGGUGCAGGAGGCGCUGCGGCCCUGCCUAGGCCCCGCCUACGUGGACAGUGACCCGACCUUCAACCUGAACAUAGACGAAGACUACGACCACAGGGCCUCUGGCGUCACCCCCAGCUCCUUCUGUAUGGUCUACCUGGACUGGAUCCAGUACUGUAAUAGCAGACGCCAGACGCCGGUGGAGGAGAGCAAGAGAGACUCUCCUCUGGUCACCCUGUGUUUUGGCCUGUGUGUCCUGGGGAGAAGGGCUCUGGGCACAGCCUCCCACAGCAUGUCUGCCAGCUUGGAGCCUUUCCUGUACGGCCUCCACGCCCUCUUCAAGGGGGACUUCCGCAUCACCUCUCCCAGGGAUGAGUGGGUGUUUGCAGACAUGGACCUGCUGAACAGGGUGGUGGCCCCCGGGGUGCGCAUGUCCCUCAAACUGCACCAGGACCACUUCACGUCUCCAGACGAGUACGAGGACCCGGUGGUUCUGUACGACGCCAUCACAGCCAACGAAGAGAAGAUGGUGAUCAGCCACGAGGGCGACCCAGUGUGGCGCGGCGCCAUUCUGGCCAACAUGCCCUCGCUGCUGGCCCUGCGCCACGUCAUGGACGACGGCAGCGACGAGUACAAGAUCAUCAUGCUCAACAAGAGGUUCCUCAGCUUCAGGGUCAUCAAGGUGAACAGGGAAUGUGUCCGCGGGCUGUGGGCGGGCCAGCAGCAGGAGCUGGUGUUCCUGCGGAACCGGAACCCGGAGCGCGGCAGCAUACAGAACGCCAAGCAGGCCCUGCGGAACAUGAUCAACUCGUCAUGUGACCAGCCCAUCGGCUACCCCAUCUACGUGUCGCCCCUCACCACCUCCUUCGCAGGCGGGCACACCCAGCUCCGCUCAGUCUGGGGGGGGCCUGUCAGCCCCCAUAACAUCUACACCUGGCUCAUCAGCAGCUGGGACAGGUUACAGAAGGGUUGUGGAGCUGGCUGUAACAGUGGGGGAAACAUCGAGGACUCUGACUGCGGUGGCGGCUCCACAUCCAUCUCCAACAACCCAUCGGCUCACACCACCCAGAGCACCCCGGCCUCCAGCCUUCCCCAGCCCCACUUCACCUUCAUCCACCCCCCCAUGGGAACUGACAACCCUGUGGGCCCCACCCCCACCUGGCCCCACCACCCUCAGCCCCUCCCCUUGGCUCUGCUCAGCCAGUCAGAGGGCAGGAUGGACUCUGGGCUAGUUACCUCCCUCCACCGGACCUCGUCCAUCCAGGGUCUCCUGGGUCAGCACCUGUCCAGCUCCCAGCUGUCGUUCAGCAGCUCUGUGGUCAUGGCUCCCCUGCCUGGCCCAGGCAGCUUCCUGGACGGAGGGCACAAAGGGUCCGGGCGGGCAGGACUGGGACAUGGCCUGCCCUACGAGGGUCUCUACGGGAAGUGGAGCAUGUCAGGCAGGAAGGGCUUCAACGGGCCAGCCGCAGCUGAGAGUGACGGUGGAGCUUCUCAGUUCAUACGGACACAGUCUACUCCUCCUGCACUGCCGCCUGGGGCCAGCCCAACACAGGACCCCCUGGGGGUCACCCAGUCCACUGAGACCACGCCCCCCAGCCCCGCCCCCGGGGAGGAGUCCACCGAGCUGCCUUUACUUGAGCACCUGGGCUGAGUCUGUCCUGGAGAACCCAUGAGAACCCCUGCAGCCAAAGCACUGCACCAGCAUGGCCAGUUCUAGAGUGGGCCUGACCGGCUCCGACCGGACCUAUUCCAGCUUCCCAGAGUCAUUCCAAUGCUCUUCUCUCUCUCUCUCAAAGAGACUGGACUCUGAGGUCUGUUACGUCUCUGAUGGCAAAUCACAACAUCUCAACAUGUUUUAGUGUAAAUUUUUUUUUUCAAGCCUUUGCCAUGCUGGAUGGAUCUAGAGGUCUAAAUACCUUCCUCUUCUCCUCAGUGAACCACCACAAGGAUGCAUGUCAAAACUAAAUGUACGCCCCCAUCCCUAACCCAUCCCACCAUCCGCCUCCUAGGACUUGAAACAGGAGCUCUAUUUGAUAGGCCCUCAAGAGUUUCUGUAACAAUGGUAACCCUAGCAGGCCAAAAAGCCAGUGCAAUUGUAAGGGAGGUUUUUCCUUAUGUAAUGUUUAGUUGUUUUUUUAAUUAGUUUUAGUUUGUUUGUCUUCUCCUUCACCUGAGACCUACCAGCAACAGCAUAAUGACUCAGAAAAGGGAACUCUAAUAUGCCUGUUGCUGUAUGUACAGGUGAAGCCAGAGUUACUACCAUAACAAGCCUUGUUCUUUACCCACACUGCCCAUCCAUGCUGCACCAACCUGCUGCUCCAACCUGCUGCUCCACUGUAGAACUAGUUCACGUUCACCACUGUGGGGAUAUCCACUCUGAAACUGCACGGGUCACAUCAAAUGACUUGAACAGCUACAAUAUGACAGGGGUCGGCAACAGGCAGAUUUACAUAUUUUUAUUAGCAAAAUAUAUAUAUAUUAUACUAUAUAUAUAGUUUUGGGUCAAAAGACUGUAAAAUCACCAGGAAUUCAGAAAAAAAAAUCAUCAAAAUAUUUAGGAAAUCUGUUCCCAAGUAUUCCCACAAAUAAAAAGAGACAUGAUCGUGCCUGUAUGUAAUUUUGUAUGACAUUAUUUUCAAAUACAAUCUCUUUUUGGGCUUAGUUUUGGUCAAUUUGCAGUGUACAAAUUAUUAUCCGCCAUUCUCUCUGACAAAAAUCAGCCCGUGGCUGAAUCUAGUUGCUUACCCCUGUCAUAUGACCAGUCAAUAUCAACUCCCCACCUCACUAGCAUAACACACACAUUCCAAAACUAAUCCAACACCCCUCCCUGUAAAAACAUCCUCAUACUCAUUUGGAUAUUUAUUAGAGGCACUUGACCACAAUCAACAAUCUCAAGUGUUUUGUCAAAGAGCUUGUUUCAGGGAUAAGACUCCCGCCUACUCCUACCUUUCCCAACAUUUGGUGCUUUUUCCCAGUGGAGUUUACAGUCCUGUCAGGCCUGGACAAAAGUUCUGAAUUUGGGGAGGUCUAAUGAGAUGGGGUGGGGGGUGACUCUGGACAGCUGAUGGACCAGGACAGAGAGCAUGAAAGGAGAAGAGAUGCUCACCAGGCAGGGACAUUGUUCAGACCACAGGAUUCUAAACUGGGAAUCUUCUUUCUAAAGCCUUUUAGAUUUUUGUGUCCUAUUGUUGGGGUGAUUGGAAUGUCUUUUUACUUUACUUGAAGAACCACAACUUCCUCAGUGGCUAUAGGCCAGCCCACUGAGUUGCCCUAGUGACCAAACGCUCCCUCCCUGACCCGAUCCAAUCAGCUGUGGACUCUGCAGUGGGAGGGGCUCAGACAGCUCUGUGUGGAAUAGCCACCAGCAAGAGGCCCUUGCUUUCCUUGGCUCCAGGCAGCUCCUCCUACUACUAAACUACAGCCCCUCCUGCUACUACUACUACACUUACAAAUACUGUUUGUGCUACACAUACCUCCAGCGUUUUAGUUGGAAACCAAGUUAAAUAAAUACUGAAAAACAAA